CACAGACUCAUCAGGGAGAGUCUGACUCGGCCUGCCUGUCUGCUCGCCUGGCCACUGUCACCUCCUAAUAGCCUUCAGCUGGAGAGAAGUAGGAUGAAGAGAGAGAGCACAGGAUAGAAAGGGAGAGGGGGAGAGCGAGGAGGGGGCGGGUGAAAGGAGAGCUGUGAUCCAGACAGCGAAUCACAUGAGCUGAGAUCUGUUUACAAACUGAGCAGGAGAGAAGUCAUCGGCACCAUUACGUGGAGGCAGGGCUGCUGGAAAAGGCGACAGGAAACACACAGGAAUCUCAUCACUUUGUCUGGAAAAUGCAUUUUAUCCUUUGUGUCUUUGCAGCGGAGAAGCCAGACCAGAUGGUGUGAGGAAGACACAGCUUUGAAUGGGCUGCAUUCACAAGCUCUCGCUCUGACGGCUGUGUGCCACCGCUCUUCCUCUUCCUUUGUUACCGGGGAAAACGCUUGAUUGUAGCGUGAGGGUGAUAAUCUUGAGCGAGAAGACUAGAGGAAAGUGGCUGACGGCAAGAAGGGGUGAGCCUUGUGACAAUGUUUUGAAGAUAGACAAAGAAAUCUGUGACUCUUUGUAAUGUACAUUGUCUCUCUCACUGUUUUGUUAUCGUGACUCUACAGAGAGGUAAAAAAAUGAAAAAAAGCCAGUGACAACAACUUCACGUCAAGCGGAGGUAGAUGGUGAUCCAUUGUCGAUGUCAAAGACACAUUGUGAAUCUUUCAUAUUCUUUGCUGCUGCUUGGUUUGGAUCAUGAUGCUGGAAAAAAAGAGCACAUGGUGUUCUUUUAACUUGCCUGUGGUUGAACAAAACAUUUUAGAUACCAAGAAGUAGGUGUUGAUAUUUGUUCCCGUGUUGACACAGGUUUCAACAAUGACUGACUUGGCUUUGUAAAUGUUUCAACACAAAGAAAACAAAAUCACCCUGCCUUCCUCCAUACGCCAGUGAGGAGCUGGUGGGUGAUCGUAAUGUGUUAACCAGAGGCGCUGAAGAUUCAAAGCCGUGUUUUGUGGUAGGAGUUUUGGGUGUGUAAAACUUGUAUUAUUCAUCUGGUUUUGAGUGAGGGGAUCGGCCCACUCCUUUGACCGGGUUUCAACACUGUCUCCUUGGUCACAAGUUACUGGAUCGUUUGGUAUAGCGGAGCAAGCACCUAUCCAGUGGUGUAACGCAUGCCUAUGUGACUCAGAUUAACAGAUUACAGACAAAUUCUGCAAAAUGACUACAGACAUCACCGGUCGUCUUCCACUCAAUGUCUAUGUCAUCAUUCUUGGGAUUGGCCUCUUCAUCUUCAUGUUGAGCAUGAUCUUCUGUUGCUACCUGUUCAGAUUGAGGCGACAGGGCACACAAGAACAAUAUGGAUAUAAUGAGGUCAUUCUAAAAGGUCCAGGGAAAAAAUUGAGUCUUCUUGGACAGACCUGUGCAGUUUGCCUGGAAGAGUUUCGGAGCCGGGAUGAACUAGGGGUUUGCCCAUGUUCUCAUGCGUUUCACAAAAAGUGUCUGGUGAAGUGGCUGGAAAUUCGCAGCGUCUGCCCCAUGUGCAACAAGCCCAUCUGCAGGCUCCAGCCAGAUCCUCCGCAGGGGGCCGAGGGGCCCCAGAACCCCCUGGAGGUGUGACAGAAGAGGGACGUCGCUGCUCAGAGAUAGGCAGGCUCACAUACACCUAAGAACAGCGUUAAAAAACACCACACUACUGGGGCGGGCAGGCGGACUAGUCCCAAAUACACAACAAUCGCCCCUGUCCACCAAUCACCAGAUUUCUCCUGCAUAGAUGGGGGGAGGGAGGGGAAGCGGGAUUUUCCCAGUGCAACUGAACUGAUGUGCCGUAUUCUUGGCCAUAAUGUGGCUUGCAGCAAGAUAAAUUGAUGCCUUGUGGACUCCAAACAGACAAAUAUUCAGACCAGGACAGUUGCACAAAACAUGAGGUCUGAGUUGACACUGUGGAAUAUGUGUGAAUUUACAGAAGUCCUCCUCUAAGAGAGACUGUGGUCACUAUUACUACCAUAAAGAGUCAUGUUUAGGAAGGCCCAGUUACAGAAUCCAAAGUGAGGAGCAGCUCAGUGACCUGAGUCCUGACCUUAAGGAUCAGUGAGCUCAUGCGAUUAUACUCUUGCCAAUAUUUUAACAUUUGACACUCAUAAAUGUGUUUGUUUAGAGUCACGGAAGUGUUCUGAGUGCUAAAGGGAGCUCAUGGUCUUGAUGAGAACCCACGCUGUAAUUCAGAAGCUUCAGAGUCAGAUUGGAUGAAAUUUGGCCUAAUUUGAGUUAAGGUGGAUGUUUUGUACUGUACAUUGCUCUCAAUAAAAUGUAAAGUUUCUGUG